AUGGCUCAACCGGCAGAGAAAGCUUUUGGUGUGACACACAUCAAGUCUUACAUUCCCUUGGUCCUUGAUAUGCAGAAGAUGAACUAUGAUGCGUGGCGUGAACUAUUUGAGACUCACUGUCUCAGCUUCAGUGUUUCUGGUCAUCUCGAUGGAACCUCGGUGCCUGCAACUCCUCAAGACACGGCCUGGAAAGAGCGUGACGGUCUGGUCAAAAUGUGGAUCUAUGGAACGAUCUCUCCUUCUAUUCUCGACACGGUCCUCAAAUCGCGUUGCACUGCUCGUGAGCUUUGGGUCACUAUCGAAAACCUGUUCCGUGAUAAUAAGGAGGACCGAGCAAUUCAACUAGAGAACGAGCUGCGAUCCUUCACGAUUGGUGAUCUCUCUGUUCAUGACUAUUGUCAAAAACUCAAGUCAAUAUCUGAUUUGCUUGCUAAUGUCGACUCUCCUAUCACUGAGCGCUCGUUGGUGAUACAUAUGCUGAAUGGGCUUUCUGACAAAUUUGAUAACAUUCACAAUGUCAUCAAACACAAGUCACCAUUCCCCUCGUUUGGUGCUGCUCGAUCGAUGCUGCUUCUGGAGGAAGAGCGUCUCAACAAACCCUCCAAACAGGUAACUUCUGCUCCUCUUGGUACCUCUACACCUCAUCUGCUGUACACCGACGCAGGUCCAUCAACGCCUCCGUCAUCUCAUGCGACCAACAAUCGCAAUUCAUCUCCGCAACACUUUCCUCCUCAAACCAACCAUGGACAUCAAAACAGAGGACGUGGUCGUGGUCGCAACAAUGGUUACCGUGGACGUGGUCGACACAACAAUCACCACAACAUUAACAACUCAUGGAUGCCGUAA